UCAAACCGUUUAUUGCCGAUCAAUCUCGGAACUUUAAUUUUUGUAAAAAUAUUAAAAAUAAAUAAUGAGCGGCGGUCUAGUCCCUAGUAAAAGUACAGUAUACGUCUCAAAUAUACCCUACGAGCUAAAAAACAACGACUUGCAUAAAUUAUUCGAGAAAUACGGUAAAAUUGUCAAAGUCACAGUUUUAAAAGACAAAAACACACGUAAAAGUAAAGGAGUUGCGUUUAUCUUAUUUCUGAAGACUGAAGACGCCUUAAAAUGCGUCGAAGAAACAAAUUUGAAAGAGAUGUUUGGGCGAACAGUUAAGGCAAGUAUAGCAAAAGACAAUGGACGGACUACGGAAUUCAUCAGACGUAAAGACUACCCUGAUAAAAGUAAAUGUUUUGAAUGUGGCGAAGUUGGGCAUUUGAGUUAUAAAUGCUCCAAAAAUAUUCUAGGAGAGAGGGACCCGCCCCCUAAAAAAGUCAGGAAACGUAAAAAGAAAAUGUCAUCAGAACUUACAGAGGAACAAAAGGAAUAUUUUAAUGAUUCAGAAUCAGAAAAUGAACCAAACAGAGACGACGAUGAAACGUUAAGUGCGGCUAUUGCCUCAGAACAAGAAAGACAUGAACUUGAGGAUUACAGAUAUAAAGUUGCCACCGGCAAUUAUGACGAUGAAGCGGCCCUUGAACCACCAAGAAAAUUAAUUAAGAAAAGUGCUUAUUUUAGUGAUGAGGAAGAAAGUGAUUAAUUUAUCCAUUAAUUAAAUUAAUAAAUAAUUUGAAAUAACUGGGGAU